AUGGCGGAGACCACCGAAGGGAAUAUCCCCGACGUCGACCGGUCUUUACAGGAAACCGGUUAUACCGGUGGGAGUCUUACCUCCAAAUUGGAAGAAAAGUAUGAGGAUACCGACACGUGGCUGGCUAUAAAGGCGUGGUUGGACUCCCAGAAAACCAAAUCCGUUGUCCACGUAUCUUUUGGUUCAGAAGCUAAACCGAGUCAGACGGAGCUAAACGAAAUCGCUCUCGGUUUAGAGCUUUCCGGUUUACCUUUCUUCUGGGUGUUAAAGACUCGACGCGGUCCUUGGGAUACCGAACCGGUCGAGCUUCCCGAAGGGUUCGAAGAGCGGACCAAGGAGAGAGGGAUGGUUUGGAGAGGCUGGGUUGAGCUACUGAGAACGUUGAGCCACGAUUCGAUCGGUUUGGUUUUACUCAUAGCGGUGUGGGAACGCCAAUUGAAGCUAUCCGGUUUGCUAAACCGAUGGUGGUGCUGGCUUUUGUGUACGACCAAGGACUGA